AUGACGUCUUAUUUCCUUUUGCUGGUUCUUAUUCCGGCGUCAGCACUUAUUAUGGAGGAUACAGUGCCACCAAUGUUAGAAGAAUGCUACUCUGCGCAAGUUGCUAAAAAUACAACUCCAUAUGACGUUCAAACGAACUGUUUAGAAGGCUUUUUGGGACAAAUGUACAAAAAUACUAGCACUUUACGUCUAGGGAAGGAUGCAUUCGACUGGUUAGAUUCUCUUGGUAGAGAAUUACACAUUCGGCUGAGACGACAAUCAAGGGACAGGUAUAACAGAAACAGAUUGCGCGUACGGAAAGAAAUACGAACAUUAAGUGAAAAUGAAAGGGAAAAUUUUUUAGAAGCAGUACAAGCAUUGAAGGCAGAUAAAUCGGUCAAACCAAACCAAUAUGAUGUGCUUGCAUUGAUGCACCAAGGAAAUGCCGUAGAUUCUGCACAUGGAGGCCCAAACUUUGUCAGCUGGCAUAGAUAUUAUCUCUUAUUGUUCGAAGAUGCUCUUCGGAAGAAAAAUAGACGAGUGACUCUUCCAUACUGGGAUUCAACAUUAGAUUUCUUGAUGGAUAAACCAGAGGAUACUAUCUUAUUUACGGAAAUAUUUUUGGGGAACCCGAAAGGCAUUGUAUAUUCAGGUCCGUUUGCAUUUUGGUCAACUCCAACAAUUCCCAAAACAAUUUUAAGACGUGACAUUCCAGGAUCAUUCAGUUCUCUUAUUGAUCCGCAAAAAUUAAAACAAGUGUUUCGAAAAAAAUAUCACAGAGAAAUAUUAACACCGACAGCUGGAUCAGCCGAGGCCAAUCUUGAGGCACACCAUGAUGGUGUUCACGUGUGGGUUGGAGGUGAGGAUGGACAUAUGGGAGGCGUCUACACUAGUCCAAUGGACCCCGUUUUCUUUCUUCACCAUUGCUUUAUAGAUUAUCUUUGGGAAAAAUUCAGACAAAGACAGAAAAGGUUUAGAAUAAAUUCAGAAAAAGAUUAUCCAUCAACUUCUGACUCAUUUCAUUUACCAAAUAGACUUAUGGAUAACUUGAAACCACCAAAAAAGAAUAUUUAUGGGUACAGUAACGUAUUUACGCGUAAUAUUUACAGAUAUGCACCUGCCCCGACUUGUAAAAACAGAUGUGGAAGAGCUCAUAAAGGUUUUUUAUUUUGUGAUAGAAAGAAAAACGCAUGUGUUGCCAGAUCUAGAUAUGAUUUUAUGCGUGAAGAUGGAUUUAAAAGUGUUAAAAACUGGUACAAGGGGGGAAUUAAGAAUAGCAUACCAAACAGUCUUAAAACUCAAACAGUAAACACCAGGACACGUAUUCGAUCCAAUGUUGACGCCGAUGCAGGAGUACCCUCCGGGUUUGUUUUGAAAGAAGACAUCUCCAAAACUAAAGCUAACAAGGCUCCGCCAAUCAAACGAAAAUUUAAGGCGCGUAUUGUAGAUCCUAGAACUAACAGUCGUCAACGCAGAUCAGUUGAUGCUAUUUUCGUAGGCAAUAAUGUCAGAAUUGCCUUUGAUAUAAAUUUGCACCUGAAACAGGAGAUGAGAAAUAAUAGUUCAUUCAAUUGGAUUCCAUAUAACUUAGACAAUUUGGCUGUGUCCCCAAUAGCGAUAAUAAACAAACACGAAAGAAAUCGUAGCCCAGGACAUGACCCACUUAAAACCGAAAGAACAUUCAACAUUUCAUUUCAAACUGAUGGAUUUUCCUAUAGUGGUAGACAUCUGGAAUACAUUUCUGUAGAUGAACGCACACUCACGUCUGAAUCAGUUGGUCUUAUUGCUUUUGAGAAACCAGUAUCUGGAGAAACAAAAGCCUAUGUAAGGGCGUACGACUCUUACGGUAAAUUAUGUCAACCAAGUUGUCUGGUAUCAAAAUUAACGUAUAAGGAAUGUUCUGGGAUGAUAAAGAUUACAUCCGAUUAUCCUCGUAUGUAUGUGGAUUCAUAUGAUUCAGAUUCAGAUAUGAAACCAUUUUUGAAGUUCGUUUGUGUAAAUUAA